AUGGAGGUGCAAGCUAAGGUCCAAUCGAGAGAUCCUGUGUGGUAUUUCUUCUCUCGUAGGGAAAACAAGUACGCGAGUGGGAAUCGACAGAGCCGGAGAACGAUUUCUGGGUCCGGCUUCUGGAAACUCACCGGAGAGUCUGUGGAUGUUAAGGAUCAGUGGGGCUUCUGGUGUGGAGCUCCUGGAAAAAUUGGUCAGAAGAGGGUUUUAGGGUUCCACAGGGGAAGAAACGCAAGCUCCAAGGGCUCCAAAUCUGAUUGGGUGAUUCACGAGUAUCACUACACCCUCCCACCAGAAGAAGAGAUCGACCAACCACAUCAAGGGAAUCCAGGGUCUUACAACAUUUUCCCUGAGUAUGGUUCAGCAAAUCAGGAGCAGCCCUUUCAUGGCGGCUUUAACAUGAACCCAGCAGUUCAAGAAAAUUCAGCAUCUUUCAACCCUUUCUCUGACUAUGACUAUGGUUUACUAAACCAGGAGGGCCAGUGGUUCAAUAGCAAUUGCAACGCGCAACAACAAGCUCCUUACUCGGCCCCUUAUGACGAUGAUCAGGAUAUUUGGAAGAGUUUGGUUGAACAGAACUUUGACUCUUUGCUAGAUGAAAGGACAUAUAUGCAAGAGAAUCUCAGCAUUCACCAGCCGAAGAACCCGGUGACAGGGGUUUUUGCAGAUGAUAGCAGUGAUAGUGACACUGACUCAAUGAUUUGCAAAGACGCUUGGAGCUCGACAGACAGUGUUGGUAGUUCAAGUGGACCGUACCAUAGCCCUGUAGAUGAUGUUCCAUUGUUGACUACUGUUGAGCCUUUGCACAACUAUGAGGCACAGUUGCAGGGCGAUGUAAAGGUGAUGAAUAAACGGAAAAGCGAAUGUGAGUGCAAAAUGGCUGUAGAUUCGACCAAGAAAACUUCACCCACCAACACCGUGAAGCAGAACUGGAUUGUUUUAGAGGAGAUUAGUCAAAGGAGUUCACAGAGGAUCUAUCUCAGGAACAUGAUCAUUGGCUUCUUAUUGCUCAUCUCCAUCAUUGGUUGGAUCGUUGCAGUUGGGUAA